AUGGCUACCCCCUCCACAUUAUCAGAUGCAAGUUGGUAUCAAUCACUUUUGGCACCUUCUGAAUUUCUUGGUAUCAAUCAACUUCUCUUAGUUAAGGAAUCAGGUAGUAGUAUAUCUCAUACUGGUCAUUCAUAUUCAAUUGAUCAUGGUAAAGAGUACCUUUCUACUGCAUUUACUCAGUAUCUAGCUCAAGAAGGUGUAACUCAUCGAUUCUCCUGCCCUUACACUCAUCAACAGAAUGGGAAGGCAGAGAAAAAGCACAGACAUGAAGUGAACGAAAUCAUGAAGCAAGAAGUUCAAAUGCAUAAAGAGAAAGUGAAGAUGAAUUUGUCUUCUAACGACAAUAAUAUCUUACAAAAACUAAGCUUAAUUGAUUCAAUUCAACGACUGAAUAUUUUCAACAAAUUCAAGAAUAAAAAAGGAGAAUUCGAUGAAAUAAUUGUUGUUCAAGAUGUUAAAGGAAUGUGGAGCUUGUAUGAGGCUGCACAAUUAAGGGUUCAUGGGGAAGAUAUAUUAGAGAAAGCACAUGAAUUCACAUACAAUAAACUUAAGUCCAUCACCAAUCAAUUGAGUCCAUCUCUUGCUGAACAAGUCAAUCAAAGCUUAGUACAACCUUUUCACAAGGCAAUUCCAAGAAUGAAGGCAAGGUCAUAUAUGUCUUUUUACGAAAAAAGUUCUGCGCAUGAUAAAAUUCUUCUAAAGUUUGCAAAACUAGAUUUCAAUAUACUACAAAAAUGGUAUCAGAAAGAAGUUGGUAGUGUCACCAAGUGGUGGGAAAAGUUAGAAUUUUCGAAAAAGGUCCCUUAUGCAAGAGAGAGGAUAGCUGAGUUAUACUUCUUUCCAUUUGCUAUGAACUCUGAGCCUAAAUAUACUACUUUUAGAAGGGUGGUGACCAAAGUGGUUCAAUGGAUGACUAUAUUUGAUGAUACUUAUGAUGUCUAUGGAACAAUCGAAGAACUUGAGCUCCUCACACAGGCAAUCCGAAGAUGGGAUAUUAGUUACAUUGAAUCUCUUCCAGAAUGCUUUAAGGCGAUUUUUAAUUCAAUUGUGGAACUUCUUGAUGAAAUAAUAGAGUUAAAUGGUGGAAGCGGAGAAUCAGACUUGAUAUUGCAAUGUCUCAAACAGGCCUUGUCUCAUUAUGCACAAGGUCACAUGGAUGAAGCAAGAUGGUGCCACGAGGGAUAUAUUCCAACAUAUGAUGAGUAUAAGGUUGUUGCAUCUGCUACUUUAGGAUAUCAACCGCUUUCAGUAAUGUGUAUUGUUUUGGGAGAAUUUGCAACCAAAGAAACUCUUUAUUGGGUUUCUAAUAAUACUCCACUCAUCGUACUAGCUUCGACACUUAUUGCCAGACUCACAAAUGAUUUGGGUUCACACAAGUUUGAGCAGCAAAGAGAACAUGCUGCUUCGGCCGUAGAAUGUUGCAUGAAGCAAUAUAGCUUUUCAGAAGAGGAGGCCCAUGAAUUCAUCAAAAAGGAUAUCAAUAAUUACUGGAAGGAUAUAAAUGAAGAGUACCUCAAGUUAAUUGAAUAUAUCCCAAGGCCAGUCCUUGAUUGCAUUGUUAACAUGGCACGCAUAUGUGAGUUUCUAUAUGCAAAUUUUGGGGAUAAAAUUACAGAUUCUGCACUCUGUAAAGACCACAUUGCGCCACUGUUUUUGGAUCCCGUGGUCGUGUAG